UAAAGAUCGUUUUAUUGACAAUUUGACGAGCUACUGCGACAUUGUANACGUAUAUAGCUCGUCUCCGGUUUCAUAACAAGCCUUCACAACAACAGACGUCACAAGCACUUAGUCGUCACAACUACUACUGUACAGAAGAUGCGUCACUUUAAGAUCGUGUUAAUGGGAGCAGGGGGAGUAGGAAAAACAUCAAUGACAACUCAGUUCGUGACCGAACACUUCGAUGAGAAUUACGAACCAACAAUUGAGGAAAUUCACCGAAAAACUAUCACGUUGGAUGGUGAACAAUGCAUGCUGGAGUUGAUUGACACAGCUGGUAUGGACCAGUUCAGUCAAAUGAGGGACUUGUACAUUAGGAAGGGUGAUGGUUUUAUCCUCGUUUAUUCCAUCAUUGAUCCAACCACAUUUGAAGACGUGAAGUCAAUAAGAGAGCAAAUUGUUCGAAAUAAAUUAAGUGAGCAAGUUCCUAUUGUGCUUGUUGGAAACAAACGAGAUCUUGCGGAACACGAGAGGGCGGUUGAAGAAGAAGAAGGAAGUACUCUCGCUAAGCGAUGGUCGCAUUGUAGAUUUAUAGAGACCUCAGCUCGCGAGCACCACGAGGUGGGAGAAGUAUUCGCACAAGUCGUGCGCCAAAUACUGGAUUACGAAAACGCUCGCAAAGCUCGCGUAAACACCCUACAUAACGAAGCUUCACGUAGAAAACGGUCAUCUGGGAAGUGUUCCAUAAUGUAGACGACAACAUUGUUAUGUGUGUCGAGUUGAUAUUUCGCAAAAAAAACUUUUUUUGCAGCUUCGCAAUUUGGAAAUGAUUACUUGUAAAACAACUAUUUGCAAAACCAUCUUUUUUGCAAAACCCAAUUGUUUUGCUAAAUGCGAUUUUGCAAAAACUGUGCAUUUGUGUUGGUGAUGGUAUGACACCUCACAGUAGUUUGAAAAUUUAAAAUCUUUUAAAAUUUAAAUUUAAACACUUUUAGUUUUUAAACAUUCCCUUUUUUAACCUUUUUUGCAUAAACUCAUUUAAUAUUUUAAUUAAUUAUCUUUUGUUUACUGUUUUAUGUGAAAUGAAGAUAAAAUAUGUUGAAAAAUAAACAAAACAACUUUC